GCAGGUAACUCACUGGAGAUACAAACAAUCUAACAUAACCAAAUCGAAACAUUCAGAUAACCCUAUCUUAUUAACCCGACGAUUUUGCAAUCCCACUUCAAUUCUUGAAGCAGCACGGUCUGCCUAUUUACACAUACCCGUUUUUAAACCUUCGAUUCGUCAAAAAUAACGCCAUACUUUUUUCUACAAUAUCACGAUACAAAGCAAGACAUGAUGUCCCCGCCGAUGCAAUUAAUAGCUUCUUCCGGUGUUCCGUACACACCAACGAGCGAUGCCCUUGAUCGACAUGAGUACGGGGUCACUAAGAAUAGAAAACUCGUCGCCUCAACUGGUGGAGGAAGGGCCUGGAGUGAAGACGAGGAAGUAUAUCUGCUUCAAACCCGUCUCCAAAAGAUGCCAUACAAGCAUAUUGCGGCUCACUUGAAGAAGACCGAAUUAGCAUGCCGUCUUCAUUAUCACCAACUUAGUCACGGAAGUAACCGUCGCAAGCGUACUACAUCCGUAUCCUCGGGCUCUUCUACCGGGCAUUCCCCCAUAUUACCAGCUACCGUUCCGUCGCCCAUCCAGGAGUCAUCUUCCCGCGAUACGUCUCCUAUCACAAGUGCUGGUGGUCACGAUGGCGAUUCACCUAACUAUACGACAUCUGUGCAACUUCCUAGUAUCAUGACGAGCACCAAUACUUCGCCUCGCCUCCCAGCCAUCCUCCCGAAGCCCACAUCUAUUACGCUUCCGAGUGCCGCUCCCUCAGCAUCAUGUAGCUAUCCUGUUCAAGUUCCGGAGGCGUCUCGGUCACUCGCACCAUCCCCAUUUCCUCAGCCGUCGCCCAUCAACCAGGCGCCCGUCCUUCGACUCGACUGUUCGCUUCCGCCACCCGCCACGCACGUAGAUAUGCCUCGGCUUCAGUCAAUAUACGCUGCGCAUCGGUCGUCAUUCUGGGGUGCUAUCGCGUCUGAAUAUGGCUCCGGAAUUAGCCCAAUCGUCCUAGAGCAGGCAUGGAAGGCAAACAUGCUUGCUACGGGUGGUCAAACUCCAAUUACACCAGUUACUAGCCCCAACGAUCGCGACAGUCUUUACGAAAAACAUGACAAGACUCGUAUUAGUGCCAUUCUUGGCAUUGACGCCAAUCCGCGGAGUCCGAAAGAAAGAGAACUAGUCCGAAGAUUAGAAGAGGAACGAAGCGUUAGCGUUACCGCCGGCGCUUAGGGAGGCGAUCUUUAAGAUUCCAUGAUUCAGACUCCUAUUAGAGACCGAAUGUGGUUGAUGUCUAUCAGUAGGGGCAAUUCCGCUCUCGAAGCAGCUUAUUGCUGUCUCCGUUCCCAUUUUUUCUGCUUUACUCUUGUAUACCUCUAGCUUUCCUUAUGCGUCUCAAACUCAUCCACAUUUACAUAUCGACUUUAUUUGAAAUACGUGAUGGUCGCAAUGGCGGCCAUCAAUGAAUAAACAACCACUUCAUCAU